AUACCUAGAUGAAGCUGCCGCCUGUGGAUCUCGCUCUGCUCCAGGAUCCAAACAAUAUAGAAUCCACCGCAUUUGUCUCGCGCUCGUUCUCACGUGCGAACAGCCACCGCACGAGUCCGCUCGGCCUCCGCUAACCUCGCGCGCAUCUUUCAGCCCGUCGCCGUCGGUCAGUCUCCUCCUCGCACGCGAGCACGCUUUCUCUGCGGCAGGCGGAGGAGCAGCAGAGGAAUCGGCUGCUCUUUGGCUCAGAGGGAGAAGAGCAGCAGAUGGCCGUUUGAAGAAAGGCUCAGUCAGGUUGCUGCUCAAUGGUCAACAGGGUCCGGCUGCCGCAAAAUACAGGAUUCAUCUUCAUCAUGUGAUCUGACUCCCACGCUAUCCUUUCCUUUGCUCUAUCUUAAGAGCCUUCAUCAGCAGGAGGAUCAUGACCCGCCGCCUGAGCAGCUCCACUCGCUCCCACACUGAGGACUCCAUCUUCCUCAGGCCGGAUGAGGACCCCGUUUGGCUGGAUGAGCCCACAAAGCCAGGAAAAAGAGUGGAUGCCGCCCCGAAGAAGGAAGAGUUGCUAGGGCGCAAAGAUGGAAGCACAGGGGGGCAAAGUUCACAAAGAGAAGAAGUUUUUUUGCACAAAGUGUACACAUUGGUGAUUGAGCUCCAGUACUGGGCCUCGCUUUUUGUCGUCUCCCAAGUCGCGGGGUACUGGAUCUUCUUUGUUGUGGAAGGAAACGGGCCGUUUGCCUCGAUCUAUAAAGCCCUCCAGGUCAUCGACUUCUAUCUCGGCUUCGUCUUACCCUGCCACCCAAUAUUUGGAGUGGAUUCCAUGGCGCUGAUGAAGGCUGUGGUAAACACAACACAGCAAACAUGGAUCAUUUAUGUCACUGCAGGCAUUGGAGUGACCAUCUGUGUUUUUAUGGUCAUCCACAUGGUGUGUAGGUGGCGUUACGGUACUGGCUUGUGGUCAUCGGGAAGCGCUUCACGGGACGCUGGAGAUAGACGUCAGUCAGUGAGCCGCCAGCCCUCCUUCACCCUGUCGGAGUGGACGAACGCCCAGGAGGACCUGAUCGAUCUGGAUGCCGUGCCUCAGACUCCGGUCUUUGAAAUGGGAACUGACAGCAAGCCAGAGGGAGAUGCUGUAACGCUCACAGUCACACCGGUGGGGCUUCAGGAGAGGAGGGGGUCCAACGUUUCCUUGACCUUGGACAUGUGUACACCGGGCUGCACAGAGCCAUACGGCUAUGGAGCCCAGCUUUCCCCGAGGGACCAGUCAGCCCAGGAGUACCUCCGGCAGGGAACACACAUCCUCACCCCUGCCAUGCUACACACACGGGCCAUGGAUGACCAGAGCCUGCAGGCUGAGUUCUAUGAAACUCCCAUGAACUUUGUGGCCCCGAAGGACUACAACUACCCGGGACUCGUGAGAAAGAACCGCUACAAAACCAUCUUACCCAACACACACAGCCGGGUGAUCUUAAAGUCACAAGACGAAGAUGAUUUCCUCACGACUUACAUCAACGGCAAUUAUCUCAAGGGUUACGGGGGGGGAGAGCGUGCGUACAUCGCCACGCAGGGUCCAACGGUCAACACAGUGGGGGACUUCUGGAGGAUGGUGUGGCAGGAGAGGACCCCCAUCAUUGUGAUGAUCACAAACUUGGAGGAGAAAAAUGAGAAAUGCGCCGAAUACUGGCCCGAGGACACUGUGACCCACGAGGGGAUUGAAAUCACUGUUGUUACGGUAACACAGGAGGACGACUACAGUCUGAGGGUGUUUACGCUCAAGUGCGGAGAUGCGGAGCGAAGUCUGCGGCAGUACUGGUACACCUCGUGGCCUGACCAGAAGACCCCAGACAAAGCGCCACCUCUUUUGGAACUGGUACAGGAAGUGGAAAGAGCCAGAGAGGAGGCCCCACCCACCAGUGGCCCUAUAAUAGUGCAUUGCAGUGCUGGAAUCGGUCGGACGGGCUGCUUCAUUGCCACCUCCAUCCUGUGCAAGCAGCUGAGGAUGGAGGGCGUGGUUGACAUUCUGGGGACCACCUGCCAACUGCGUCUGGACAGGGGUGGGAUGAUCCAGACAUGCGAGCAGUACCAGUUUGUGCAUCACGUCCUCAGCCUGUAUGAAAAGCAGCUGUCUCACACCUCCGAAGAGUAGUGCUCGAAUUCCGGCCGCGCACGCCAAGACACGCCACUGUACACUGUUCCGCUUCCGGCGGUAUGCACCACUGUACCAAGCAUCGUCUCGUGUGUCACCCUUUCGACGAGGUCGCACCCUUAUCUUCAUCCAUGACAGACGUGCUCCGGCAGGAUUCUUGAAUAGAAACCUGCGCUUAUUCACAUUGCCCUCAAAAUAAAGUUAACGUCAAUUGCUACGCAAUACCCAGAAAUCCUCUCAUCUUCCUUACAGCACUGAGGUUUGCACAUUGAUGGGCAUGAGACGCCACAGACUCAUCACACACUUCUAAGUGUUUGACUGGGUUGGAUGUUUGAAUCUUAUUCAAUACAUUUAGGGUUUAAAGCGCAGGGAAUUGUCUUUUGGGGAGAUUAAUGGGAAUCAGUGCGGAUCGACCAGAAUAAAUGGGAAUCCAUUGAAAACUAAUUGAAACUAAUAUUAAAGUUCAACAUUACUGUUGAAUUUAUAGCAAAACAAACUUAAAUGUAUGCAUUUGAAUUGUUUAAAACUAUCCAUUCACAUCUGGAGUCAGAUCACAGGGGGCAGCAGCAGCUUAAUCAGGGAAGCAGAGACUUCCUUCUCCCCAGCCACUUCGUCCAGCUCUUGUGGAGGGGGGGAUUCAGAGCCGUUCCCAGGCCAGCCAGGAGACAUAGUCUCUCCAGCGUGUCCGGAGUCGUCCGCGGGGCCUCCUCCUAGUCCGACGAGUCUGGAACACCUCGCGAGGGAGGCGUCCAGGAGGCAUCCUAAACAGAUGCCCGAGCCACCUCAUCUCAUCUGGCUCCUCUCGAUGCGGCUCGACUCUGAGCCCCUCCCGGAUGCCCGAGCUUCUCACCCUAGCUCAAAGGGAGAGUCCGGACACCCUGCGGAGAAAACUCAUUUCGGCCGCUUGUAUCCACGAUCUUGUUCUUUCAAUCACGAGCUUUGCUUUUCAGAUCAGCUCCUCCUUCACCACCGAUGCAGAGUCCACAUCACGGCAGACACUGCACCGGUCCGCCAGUCCAUCUCCCGCUCGCUGGCAAUGCGCACCAAGCUCUAACACCGGCCGUACAGCUGCUAAUAAGAGGUCCCCACGAGGGACACGGUCGAACACCUUUCCAAGUCCACAAAACACAUGUAGACCGGUUGGGCGAACUCCCAUUGAGGACCCCGCUGAGCGUGUAGAGCUGGUCCACUGUUCCACGGCCAGGACGAAAACCACAUCGCUCCUCCCGAAUCUGAGAUUUGACUUCCCGAUGUACCUUCCUCUCAACCCACAUGAAUAGACCUUAACAGGGAGGCUGAGGGGUGUGAUCGCUCUGUAGUUGGAACACACCAUCUGGUCCCCCUUCUGAAAAUCCAGAGGCACUGUCCCUAUUGCCCACGUGAUGUUGCAGAGGCAUGUCAACCAGGACAGCCCCACAACAUCUAGAGUCUUUAGGAACUCCGGGGAGAUCUCGUCCACCAUCGGGGCUCUGCCACCGAGACGCUUUUCAACUACCUCGGUGACUUCAAACCCGGAGAUAGGAGAGCCCACCUCAGAGUCCCCAGACUCUGCUUCCUCACGUGGAAGGAAGACGUGUCGGUGGAAUUGAGGUCAUCAAAGUAUUUUCCCCACCAACUCACAACGUCCCAAGUUGUGGUCAACAGCGCCCCGUCCCCGCUAUGCACCGUGUUGAUGGCGCACGGCUUCCCCGUCCUGAGACGCCAGACGAUGGACCGGAAUUUCCUCGAAGCUGUCCCGAUGUCGUUUUCCCACCGCCUCUCGCCAUUCUGCGUAAAACCAGAUUGGAUAAAACUACUAGUCACUAAUUAUUUCAACACAAACGUGUUUUUUGGGGGGGGGGGGAUUAUUUUGCUGCUUAUCUACUUCGGACAAAAGAAAAUGCUUUUUUCAUUAUGAUGGCAUAGUUUUUAAUGAAUUUCCUGAAAAUUGCUAAUAUUAUUCCCAUGAAGAGUGUCCAACUGAAUAUUUCCACAAGUCGUAGCUGGACUUCCCAUGGAAGUUGAGUUCAAGUUUGUCCAAUUGACUGAAACUGUUCGCUCCCUUGGUAACUUGGCCUGUGUUAGUCUCAGUUUGCUGCCAGUUGCUGGUCAAUUCUCCCAAAGUUUGGAGGAAGUAAAAUCCCAGUGCCAUAAAAAAAAUACUAUGACAUUCACCUAAAUGUAAUCUUGGUCGGUUAACUUUUUCCAUCACAUCUUACUACUUAUUGAUAGUUUAAAAAAAUAUAUGUAUAAUGACAUGGAAAACACACACACACAAACGCACACACAAGGCCUGUUUCUACAUUUGACGCAUUCAGGAGCCGCCUCGUUUUCAGGUUGCAUGGUGCUAAGUGUUCCUUCAAGGCAUGUGCAACGUAAUGGAACAUAGGAAUGUACAACAGUUAGGUUAUUAUUGAACUGAUUAUGAAUUUUGUGCAAUCUAUAGUACACUAGUUUUACCGCGCUGCCUGUGCGGUUCUCACGGUUCGCGCCGUUUACGGCGAAGACCUCUUGCGUUAAGGCCGCAUACGCGAAUUUACAGAGGCUUCACAGAGCCGGCGAGGUCGAGGCGGAGCUGGAAUUCCCACCGAUGGCUUUGUGUUGAAAAAAAAAAAACACCUCACGUGCUUGUAAAUGGCCCGUUUCUAUCGUGCAGCUCAGAGCCACUUGCUCUGUGAUGCCUCCGCUCCCAAUCGGAGCUUUAACACAUGCGUAAAGUAAGAUGCCCACGAUUGUUGUGUACGCAGCCUAAUCUGUAUGAAGCACAAUAGAACAACUAAGGUCGUCUCUCUUAUGUUCAGCUGGAAAGCUUUUUUUCCCCCCUUGUAUUGUUUAAUGGAUUGCAUGUGCCGUAUGGGACUCCGUAGGUCCACAAUCAAAGCGACGUGAUUGGUUGUCCUGCUUUUUGUUGUGUCAAAUUGCGUUAAAGCCUACUAUAUUGCUUGCUCUCAGCCAAUGCUUUUGAUACAGUUUGCUUUUUGUGAAACCAACCAGAGAUAUUUUUAGAACAUUUUGAUACAAUCCUUUUGUGUAGAUGCCUCGUGUACAUUUCCAUCUCCACCAUGAUGUACAGUAUGUAGCUCAUGCUGUGAUUUAAGAAAAAAAACAUCCAUUUUUAUUGCUAAGAUUGAAGACGGAACAGAAAUGUGACAACUACUUAAGUUACCUUACAGUACACAAAAAUGAGAUUAGGUUCGGUCUUCAGUGGUAUUAUGUUAUGAAUUUAGGCUUUGCUUUAAUAUGCUUUGCUAUAUGUGUAUGUUUUUAUUAUUUUCUUGGAGAAUUUUACCUCAGACUGAGUAACACAGUCCCCACUGUUGUCCAUCUUUGACUCUCAAACACAUCGAAAGUCAUUGCUAUGUGCAAGGCAGCUAAAACGGUUAUGACUUACAUAUUUUUCCUUGAAUAAAUGAAUUUGCUUAGAAUUGACUGUGUAGAUUCCUGCAUUAAAACAAGUGGCAAAUAAAAAUGUGUCAGUCAUUUGACCCAGUCCUCUGAUUAUGGCCAUUCAAAUUCGCAACAACUACGUU